GUCAUAAAUGUUCUUAUCGUGUUUUACUUUUCAAUGAAAGUUGAGAAAAGAAAAAAACAAGAAAUUAAGAAAAGCAUCAAUGCAAUUCAAAUAACCUAGUUGUAUACCUAUAUAUUCCGAUAUCUCAACAUUGUGUAACCAGUGGUAAGGACGCUGUCUAACUACAAUAGAGUUUUAUCAACAAGGAGGUGGUAUUUCCAGCGAGCACUCUUCCAGACGUUCGGCAGUGUUCCUCGACUUCGAAAAGAUUGGAUUCAUUGACGUAGUGACGCAAGACAGCGUUGGAAGCCUCGCAUAUCCACGGGUGGGAGACAUCAGCCACUGCUAGCCAACGUCGCGCAAUUGAGAACUGGAAGGCGCAUUGUGAGUUGUGUUCUUUUUCGGGUGUCUGGAAAAGCCGAUUUCACCCUUAUAUUGACUCUCGAUACUGGAGAUUUGGUGGAGUAGAGUGGCGCAGAUUAUAGAAGGUGGAAGAGUCGUAUAAACGAAGAUGGAAAACCAGACAAAAAUCAACACUGAUCUGAUAAGUGAAUAUAUUCGGAGCUCGAGUUAGUAUGUCAGUGCCUUCGAUGGUACAUCGAUCUGGAAACUCUCUGAUAGUGCGCAGCUUGGUGAGUGGCGACGCUUUGUACGACUCGGCGGGGAACGCCGAAGACGCUAACGACGACGACGACUGUUGCGACCAACUCAAAGACUUGCCGGACUGCAAAGUUAAAAGGAACUACACGUGCUCGACGUGCGACUUUCUUACGCAAAAUCCGCGAGUGUAUCUUUACCACCUCCGCGAUGUUCACCAGGAAAAGGUGAAGAUAUACGAGUGCCCGAGUUGUCUGUACGCGUCCAAGCAUUUCCAAAAGCUGCUGCGCCACACCAAGAUGGUCCACGGGGAAGGCGUCGUCGCGAAGAGGAAGACACCACCGCCCUUGGAUGAGGAGGAGCCCGAGGAAGACCUGGAGGAAGUGGAUGGGCGGCCGACCCUGUUCAAGUGUUCGGUGUGCGACUUCACGAGCAGGAACCAGUCGCUGAUGUCGAGACACGAACGCGAAGAACACAUCAAAACGAAGUUUUUCCGGUGCUCCAAGUGCACUUACGUAACGCACAUCAAGGCGAGGUACACGAAACACGUCAAGUACCAUUCGAUGCCGAUGAUCAAGUGCGACAUGUGCGAUUUUCGAACGCCGUACAAGUGGAACCUCGACAGGCACUGCAAGAACCACAACGGGAACGGCGCUUUCAAGUGUUCGGCGUGCAAUUUCACCGCGGACAUCAAGCAAAGUUUGACGGUGCACGAGAUGAACCACCAUGUGCCUCCCGUGGGUCAGGCCGCGGGAUUGGGCGUCGGACGUCGACGCAACAAAGUCGGAGCCAGCGACGCCACCGCCGCCGAGGAAGCGGCACAGAAGGCGCAGGCCGCUAAGAGUUCAACAGAGUCGCCAGAGAUUCCAGCGGAAGAGACCAAAAAGAAACCGAAACCAAAAUUACCAAUACCCAAAAAACCGAAAGUUGCGGAAAUUUCAAGCAUUGAAGGGAAGCAAUUUGGCGGAUCGGACUUCAUAAACCCCGAUGACAUAAUCCAUCACGCCAAUGGAAAAGUUUAUUUCAAGAAUAAAUGCAAAUUAUGUAAUUUCAAGACCGCCUGGGACACGGAAAUGGCCAAACAUGAAAAGAAAGCACACAACAUCGACAGAGAGGAGAACAUACAGCCGGUGAUCAAGAAACCUCCGAGACCAAUACCAAAUCUCAUUCCCAUUCCUCCCCAGAUGUCCCUUCUGAAGUCAAACCAACCAAGACCAGACUACCAGUCGAAAACAGUCGAACUUCCAAAACCCAGUGAACCAAUCAUGAGCCAAAAGGAUAUUAACGACAUUUGUGCGAAAUCCUCUAACAGUGUACUCAAAGACUUCGCUUCAUUGUUCAGUGCUGAAGACGUAUUCAAAUCGUCUGCAUCAAAGGUACCUGAUCUGAUACCAGCAUCCAUGUACAAUAAUUUAUCGUCGCCGAAAAGUGAUCGGCUAACUGAAGUAUUGAAACAAAAGAAUGCUUCUUUCUUCGACAGCCUCAGAGAAAAGUUGGAGCUAGGUACCGGAGGAAGUUGCAAUCUAACCUGUAACGUGUGCGGACAUGAAAGCAAAUGUCUCACGGAACAUGCUAAACACCAAAAAUCGUGCGGAAUCCAAACGGGGAAAGUCCAAAGCGUGAUUCCAAUGCACAACAUCAGUUCCUCACGGUGUCAGUUUUGCAGACAAAGGUGCAAGUCUAGCACGGACCUAUACAAUCAUCUCCAAAUGUGCCCUGACGCACACAAGGCCCAAAUGCUGACGAUAAAGAAAGAGGAAAUCGAUUCGGAGAACGAAAGCGAGCUGACGAUAAAGGAAGAACAGGUUAGCGAUAACUCAGAAACUAAGCCGCACCCGAUGGAAAACAAAGUGUUCGUGUGGAACGACAUUCUGGUGCCAAUGGACAUCGAAGUGGAUGACUCGAACUACGAGUACACUGAGGACAAAGUCGACGACAAUGUCUCUUUGGAUCUGUCCAUUCGUACUCAAUCGCCAAUGGAUAGCGAAAGCAGCUUUUUGGGCCAGGAAGUCAACAAUCCCGGCAGUGUCCACCACUCACCGCUGCCCACGGGGUCCGAUAAGGUGCCGACUCAUGGUAACGAUAUAUCGGUGGCUCAACACAAACGUGUCUUCAGGUGUCCACAUUGCACCUUCUGGGCUUCUACGGCAUCUCGUUUCCAUGUUCACAUUGUCGGUCACUUGAAUAAGAAACCGUUUGAGUGCUCUUUGUGCGCUUACAGGUCGAAUUGGCGAUGGGACAUCACGAAACAUAUCAAAUUGAAGUCUGUGCGAGAUCAAGCUCACGAAUCUGCUAGAGUUUUGAUGACAGAUGAGACGGGGCGAAGGAAUUAUACCAAAUAUAAUAAAUACUUGACAGAGAUUCCUGUGAGCGGUAAUCAAACGAUGGACACCAGCGGUGGUUGCGGUACCAGACCCAAGCACUACCACGAGAGGAAUUCAUCUCCUUCUACAAGCAAAUCUGAUACACCAAAACUGAACAGGGCUCCAAACAGCAACGACUUCAGUCCCUUGCUGAAGAACUCUCUGAGACCUCCACCAGCUCUAAAAACUGCCGAUGGCUCGUUCUUGACUCAGUUUGCAGACAAGAAACGGCCGAGCAAUGAGGGAAAGCGAACGCUAUUCAAGUGCAAAAAAUGCAAUUUCAAAGACGCAUCUAGAGAUAUUCUGCUGCAGCAUGUGAAGGAUCACUACCGUGUUCAACAACUGAGCGGAGCAGAAGCAUCAACAAGCGAACAGGAUAUGAUAAGGGGUACGAGUCCUGAUAAAGAUGAGGCAAGUGUAAAUAACCUAACGGGGGGGAAGGGAGGCCCGGCACCCUUCCGUUGCGGUCAUUGUAACCAGGUAUCUAACUGGAAGCAUGUAAUUCAGAGACACUGCAGAUUGAAACACAGUGGAGAUAUCCGAGUGGUAAGCAACAAAAAUGGUCAAGUAAAAAUUGAAGUUGAAGAAUUAACCGACGAACCAGACCACAUUGACAUUUCUCAGGAAGGCACAUUCAAAUGCACUUUCUGUCCGUUUUCUAAUGAUGACAACAUGGAGUUUGAACAACAUUUGGCGGGACAUAUACCAGCAACUAAUAGUAUUUUGAAAUGUUAUUACUGCAAGUAUUUCGUCUCUAAGAAAGAAGACAUGUACGAUCAUCUCCGGUUACAUGGAAUAAAUGAUCCUGAAGAAUUCCUAGAGAAGUUAGCAUCAGAAAAAGCUGCAAAUGAUAGUGAUGGAAAGAAGUUCAGGUGUGUGACCUGUCCUUAUGUUACCAACUCCAAGUCGCAAUUUACCUACCACAAGCAGUUUCAUAAGCCAAGGGGUGGCCAGUAUACUUGCUCACACUGCUCUUAUAAUGUAAGCAAGCGACAUUUGCUUCACCAGCACCUGAAGGUUCAUGGCAUCAAUGUAGCUUCCCACAAGCAGAAUGGUGAAGCAAUGUACUUGGAUGAAAUAACAGAUGAAAUUGAAGAAGUUCCACAGAUACCAUUCCCCAUUGAUCUUCAAAAUUUUCCGGACAUACCUUUGGUCUGGGUAUCGAAAAAUGGAAAAUUCUCCAAAAUGUUCAAGUGCCGCUAUUGUCCCCAUGUCAACUUGCGGAAAGUUAAUAUACAAGAACACGAGAAGAUGCAUAGUAUUCGAGAAAAGAAUCCAAAUGCUACUAGGUUAAGUGACAUUGAACACAGGUGUACGGAAUGCAACUAUGUCUGCAAUAAUGCAGGUGUGUUAUCAUCACACUCGAAAGUACAUCAGGGUUUAUACGGUAGUGUUCACCGCUUGGUAGAUCCAUCCAAAACUGACGAAGAACAAAUAAAAGAGCUUAGUAGGAGUACCGGUAUCCAUCCUGUUUCGGAGAAUACCUCCCAAGACGAUUCUGAAGCUGUUGAUUCCCCUGUAAUGGAAACAGAUGAAAUUGAUAGCUCUUCAGGUUCUGGAUCUAUUUUGUACUUUUGCAAAGAAUGUCCGGCAAGAUUUUUGAAAGAAACUGAGUUCGGUAUUCACAAAAGGUUCCACGGAUCAAGGUUAUUUUAUAAAUGUGAUCACUGCAGUUACACCUCUAGAGAAAGACCUCAUUUAACCUCCCAUUCCAAGGUACAUACAAGUGAAUACCAAGAUCGAACCAAAACUCUACAAAACAUGUAUCUGACGAGUUCCAACUAUUCUCAACCAAAGAUUCAUGUUGGAAAAACCAUAGACUGUGAACCAGUUUGGGUUGUUGUUGAAAACAGCAAGAGUAACCAUAUGGAAAUGAGUACUUUAUGUAGCAUAUUAAGUAAGCCCGUGAAAUCUACACAGAAUGUGCCAUUAUCUGGAACAGACUUGUUUCUUCAAAAAUCGGAGGCUCAACAGAAACAAGCCGCUGAGUUGAACAGAGAGCCUCCUUCACCCCCUCCGCCCAAAUUGUUGGAUCUGGAUAUCAAAGAGUUAAUGCAUGGAAAUCCAGAUUUCAUCUACCAACCCUACUUGAAAAACGGCCGUUUGAAAGAGAAGAGAUACAAGUGCCAUAUGUGCCCCACUGCAUUCGAAAAACGAGAACAGUACAGAGUUCAUUUGGGUCUCCAUGGUUCAAAGCAACGUUACAAAUGUGAUUACUGUGAUUAUUCAGUAAAGUAUUACGCUAAUUAUGUACAACACUUAAAGAAACAUAAGAUGAAUGCUGAUGCACAUGCUGCCAGACGUUCAAGUGACGAAGCAGAGUUAGAAAUUGACGAAAGUUCAGAAGUUACCAAUGAAGUUAUUCCUUGUGGUUCUCGAGUAGAAGACACUAAACCAGGUGUAGCUGACCAGCAAGUUGCCAAUCUGAUACAUCAGCGACAAGCCGGUCAGGUCAAAGAUCCCAUUGUUGAGGAGAAGAAGAUUUUCUGGUGUCCGAGCUGCCCGUACACAAGCAGCAGAAAAGACGCAGUCGACAAUCACCAAAAGCGGCACGUGUGCGUUUCAGGUGUGAAAUGUACUUAUACUUGCGAACACUGUGAUUAUUCUGUGCCCCAAAGUCACUUCUUGAGAGAACAUAACAAACUUCAUUUCAUGCCAAAUAAAGUGAACCAAGUGGAAGGUUUCAUGAGUUGUGAUAAUAUAAAGUUAACAUCAAACCAAAUCAAUGAGGCCAGUAGUUCAGACGAAGACAGCAUCGAUGAUAAAAGAUUAAUUUUUGAGGAACAUGGGUCCAAAUUUACCGAAAAAUUUUUUCAACCUCAAUUAACUGCUGACGUCGCAGAACGUUUCAACAAUAAUGAAGGUGAAAAACAAUUUGUCAAUAUACAAACUGGUGAAAUAGUUGAUAGAAAUGUCAUUAGUGAUAUGCAAUCCUCUCAGAUGACAAUCAAAGAGGAGUGUAAAAUGGAAGUAAUUCAGUCAAACUUCUAGUGAUAAUUAUAAAUUUAUUAUAUCUUAUUUAUCAGAAAUUUACUUAAAAUUAAUUAAUGAAUUGAAUUAUCGUGUUAACAAUGCCUUAGUCAUAGAGUAUUUUUACAAAGUAUUUUCACACGAUGGUAGUUAAAAAUUUAAUACUGUGUAGUAUUAUCAACCAUUUAAUACCAUAUUAGAUGUACAUAUUUUGUUUUGUUAAGAAGUAUUAAUUAUUAUUUUCAUGGGGUUUAAUGCCAAAGCAUUCAAUGCCAAAAUUUGCCAUAACUUUAUUGUUGUUUUUGUUUUGCAGAUGAGAAAAUAUAUGAAUUACAAACCAA